AUGCGCGAGAUCGCGCUCACGAGGGUAGCAAGUAGUGAGUCAGAGGGGGAUGAAGGCAGGAAGGGAGGUCUCUUACCACCACUACCACCGGCCGGCAGCGGCGGCGACGGCGGCGGCGUCGGUGGCGGCCGGUUAAUCGACGGCGACGUACGGGUACGUCAGUCGGUCGGAAAGCGUCGCGGCGCGACGUGGCUCUUCGUGCUCCCUCUCGAAGACAACGACGACGGCGACGGCGACGACGAUAACGACGUGGAUCGCUUGCUGUCGCACGGUAUACUCGGCGACGAACACGAGAAUGCGAUUCGGAUGACGAAGACCGAGCGCGCGGGGGACAUGUCCGGCGGCGAGGACUGCUUCGAGAGACCUGGAUGUGAACGCGAUCCUGGAGUAGCUCCGACAAACGUGACGAGCAACUCGAGUGAAUGGAUGAACAAGCUUUUAGGAAGGCAGCUGCGCGACAAUUUGCUAACAGCUGCGACAACAUCAAUCCAAGGGGUAGGAUCGUUGAAUCGGUUCGCGCUGUCGUCCGAGGUGCCAGAGCCGACUCUAGAAGACGCGGGGGUGGCGGAGACGAGGGAGGGUGGUGCGGUCGUCGUCGCAGUCGAUGGUAGUAGUCGUGCCGGUCGAGAGAGCAGCUGCGACGGCAAUAGUCGUAACACUAACGGCAGCAGCUGCAGUGGUAGUAGUACGUGCAGUGGUGUUGUCGGCAGUGGUAGUGUCGUCGUUGGUGAUAGUGUUGGUGGUAGUGGUGGUGGUGGUGGCGGUGGUAGUGGUGGUGUCGUCGACGGUGGAGGAUCGUCGUGCAGGGGUGGCUCGCCGCGACUUAUAAUAAAGGGACCGGUGGAGGGCCCGGCGAGUAGUAGCAGCAGCAGCAGCAGGGUGGCCGCGCGAGUGCACCCGACUUGGGAAACGGGGUGCGCGAGAGGGGUGGGCCCCUCUGCACCCUCAAGACCGGGGGGAUGUCCCGCGGCCGACGGCGUGCCACCCGGUCGCAACGUCGCCGUCGGCGUCACGACGCGGAAUCGCCAGCCGAUGGGCGCCAAUCUCACUAAGCAGAGCAGGAGGGAGGCCACGCAACGAGAUGUGGAGCGUGAACGCCGGCAGCGAAUGGACGCCGAGGCUCGGGUGCGCGAGGCUACGGCUGAGGCUGAAAGAGCGCGCUCGAGGGUCCAUCAUCUUCAGAGAGAGCUGGCCAGGAUGGAGGAGUCGUCGCGGAGUCUGCUGCAACAGAAGCACCGGGCCGAACAGCUGAAGCAGGAGAAAACGGCGCUCACAUUGUCCUACGAGGCGCGCGUGCACCAGUACCAGACGCAGUUAUCGAAGCUGCAGCUGGAGAACGAGUCGAUGCGUGGCCAGCUGCGCGGCCUGGAGGCAGCAUGCGCCGGUGAAGUGCACGCCGCGCUGGUGGCACGUCUGGCGACCCUCGAGACCGAGCACGCGGCCCUGGCGCGGGACGCCGACGCCCAGCGUCGGCAGUACGAGCGGUGCCUGGACGACGUCGCCAACCAGGUGGUCCGCGCUCUCCUAUCCCAAAAGGGUCUCAGAGAGGAAAUAGGCGCGCUGCAGAGACGUAUACGAGAGCUUGAGGCUCAAAAUCGAGCGCUGUCGGGACUCUUGGCGCAGGCUGCCAGUCCUGGAAGCCCUACCGAACUUCUCCAAGGAAUCCUCGAGGCUAGUCCAGCCGCCCUGGUCGCCGCCUUAGGUCUGGACCCCUCCUGGGUCCCCCUCUCGAGGCCGCGUUCCCUCAACUUGCAGAUACCCGUGAUGGCAGCCACUAAAUGCCGACGCAACAGACCUCUUGCGCAAAAACCGUCGGAGGAGGAAGGCAGCGAGAGCCCGGAGAGCGGUAAUCGCGACGAGGGCUACUCGACCAUGUCGAGCGACGUCCAGGGCGAGGGCACGCGCCAGGAACCGUCCGCGCGCGGCCUCGAGGACCUGAAGGAGGCCACGGACGAGACCGAGGCGGACGUAUCGCCGGACGCGCGCCUCGUCGCCCUCGACGCCGGCGAUCCGGACGUGCUCUUCCUACCUCUGAAUCUCACCGUGGGCAUCAAUCCGCGCCACAGCUAUCCGCCGACUAAGGAUCUGCUGCCCUAUCAGCACGUGAUGCGCAGCUUCUCCGACAGCCACCUCUGUCUCAAGCUCACCACCACCACCAAUUUCACGCCGUAUAAGCUACCCAGUCCCGUGGGCUCGUCUUCCCUCCUGCUGGUGGAAGAGGAGGGCUGGGACGCCGAGUAUGUACAACAAUGGCUCAGGCUCGAUGACAGCAGAAGCGCGCAGCAGCAUCGAGAUCUGCUCGAAUUGGAGUACGACAGGGCGGAGCUGGAGGAUUGGAGCUUCUCCCUGUCCACGGAGGACCUCGUGCAAAAUGAAUCUGCAAUGUGGAAGGAGCAACCAGCUACUACAAACACACCCGCCCUGCCGGCAAUCAAGGAGCAUAAUCUCCUGGAAUUGGAGGAGGACGCGAACGAGUGUCUGUGGAAUGGCGCGAGCUAUCUCGCUGACAGAACGGGAGGAGAGUUGGUUGCGCUUUUAAUGGACGCGAGAGCGACCGGGCCCUGGCCGUAUGCUUCGAGUCCCGGUGCGUCCUGGAGCAGCGAGGAGGGUGCCCUGGAGAAUUCGAGUAAGCGUUCGUCGGCGGCGCUCUCCGGCUGCAGCGACGAUCCCGACACUCCGUCGAUCGGCACGGAUUUCACCAGGGACUUUUAUCGGCUGGUGAAGUUCGAGAGUACCAAGAGCCUGGCGAGCACGUCGUCCAGGAGCGGUAGACCGCCGCCGGACAGGGAGCAAGCGCUUCAGAGCGUCCUGUCUUUCAUCGCCGAGCAACAGAUGUACCUCGCGGAGUUACCGAACAAUCCCGUGGAGCCGCAAAACGUGUCUUACUCGACCGAAGAAGUGGGCCCUAGCAUAAAUGAUUCCACGGGGGAGACGAAGGUAGCGGAGGUAGAAGGGUCGUCCGUUCAGGAGAGCAGUAUCGGAAACGCGAUCGAAACGAGCAGUAACGACGAGCUGCUCGAUCAGAUACAGGUACCACCGUUGGCACCCGAGGAGAGAAUUCUAAGUGCCGUGUCGUGUAACGGCGGUAUCGCGUAUACAACGGUAGCUCCGUCGGAAUUGGGAGCCGUUCCCGAGGAGGACGAAGAGGCCGCGACUUCCUCCACGCCUAGUACGGUUGUCAGCCCGGCACGAGCGACGCUUCUCGUGGAGGGUAGAGAUCGAACAUUGAGCUUCCAUGAGCGCGCCACGUCCAAGGACGUUAUAGAUGAAUUGAACCGCAUGAUUCGAAAGGGCGAGGAUACCAACGCCGCUAACAUCGAGCUGCCGCUGGAGAAACUGGAUCUCGCAUGCUGCUGUCCGACAGGAUGGGUUCACGUUGAACGUGACAUUGACUUCACCGACCCCAAGGCCAGAGCCAAUCUCUUAGACGUGAUGUUAGCAAGCAGCGAGAGUUCCUCGGCGACAUCGAGCAGCGGCUCGGCGGGCAGCGACUCGGGGGAUGAGCCACCUGAUUACCGCCACUUGCACAGAUUACACCGGUACCGACGGCAAAAGAAAGCGUCGGCGGCCCAGGCGCACCGCGUCCUCCGGCUGCCGUCCACCUGGGGCUCGUCCCGGCCGUCGAUCAUCGGCCGCGGCGACGACUUCUUCGUGCGCUACGGGGACAAGGAGCGCGAGGCGGUGGCCUCGUUCGACUUCCUCGACGAGUUCGUCGCGGCGACGACGACAACGACGACGGUGGCGACCGGGCUUCCCUCCUCGCUCGGCUCGGACAGCAGCCCCCUCGACCUAGACGACGACGCGCCGUCCGCCGGUCUCAACAGCGAUAUCAUGAAGCUCUCACCGCUCUAGGAUCAACGGCGACGGCGGAUCGAUUUUGUAAAAUGCGUAGAAAUUUUUGUCUGAACGCGCGAGCUCUUCCCGGCUGAUGAAGUGCGAUGUCCUAAUUCUGUUAAGCACGCCGGGAAAUCUAACUUUGUUUCCAUUCUUUUCUAACUGCUUUUAAUUGAUACAUUACAUUUAUUUAAUGUAGAAAUUUUUUGUCGAUGAAAUCAUAAUUUUAAAUUACUUUUUUUUUUUAAGUCAGAAAAGGAUUUCUAAAUUAUGAAUCGUUAAAUGUGUUGUAUUUCAUUUAGUUUGCUCCACUUUUGUUAUUGAUUUUAGCGACGAUUGGACAAUUCAAGAAUUGAGGAAUUUUCCUCGAUAAAUUAGUCUUAAUCUGUGAUUAUUUGCCUUUCAAAAAUAUAUCACGUUAGUCAGAUUUUGCUUCCUUUUUAUAUGCCGACUGUACAGGUACUAACAUAAUUUCUUCUAAUAAGUGUUUUGCGUAUGUAAGUCUCUGAAUUGUGCGUCUUCCGGGAAGAGUCCCGCGAGUCCACUAAAUCCGACAUUAUCAAAUAUUCUUCCCAAUCACGCCAAUUAUAGUGAAUCAAAACGGCGAGCUACCUGAAAAAAAAAAAAACGUCUGAUUCUGUUAAUGCAUUAAAAGGUAACUAUAUCCGCAAUCAACGUUGUGCUAAUGGGCGCGUUUCGUCAAAGAUCGACUAUUUUGUAAUCAUGUGAGAGAUGUCACAUUAGGCCAAUGUCGCUCGCCAUCCCCUUGCGACGAACGAUUUGUACAUUACCCUACAAUAUCCUCGACGCCGCGGUUCGAGUUUCAGAAUCUUACAGUCCUGACGUUUUGUCACUAAGUAAUUGGGAACAUCCGAGGCGUCGCGCGUCGAAGAUAGAUUUGUAGCCCGAGAGACAAGAGUUCGUCUUGUCUCCUUUUCCCUGCGAGCUUCCUCUUACUCGAGAUAUAAAUAAAUAACGCACUGUGGUACGGUCGAAGAUAAGCAAAAGCGGAAGCUGUUCGAUAAGGAUAUAGGUCACAAGCUGCGUCCAGAUCUUGAUCCCAGCUUUAUUCCCGGCUAGAGCCAACCUGUGUCAAUUGUGUGUCAGGUUACAAUGGAGCAAGCCCGAUAUCUUUUUCAGUGUAAAAACUACACCACUAAAUUUUGAGUUAUAUUCGCACUGUACCCUCGAUGCGCGCCGAACGAAAGGGAUUUACUAAUGGAUAUGUGCGGAUAAAUAUUAAUCAAAGAAUUAGGGAUAAGGAUAUUGUAAGCUGUAGUCGACCUGUGACACUAAUGUAGUGUGUAUGACGGGGACAGGAUCGCCACGAUUGGAAGGCUCUCGUACCAGAACGAACGCACACUGACGACAUAGACGUAGAUACAACUCAUCCUGUAGCCUUUUCACUUUUUACGAGUAUUUCGGAUAUUGUAUACCCGCGCGAUUGUUACAAAAAGCAAGAUCUCUGAUAGCGCGAAUUAGAUAGCAAUAUUCUCUAUGCAAGAGUUGCCAAAAAAAAAAAAAAAAACUUAUGCAUCCCAAUCAGGUAUUUUAAAUUGAAUAAGAAAUCACGUCACGAUUGUGUCUUCUGAAGAACUUAAUGUAAGAUUAAUUUGUUUAGAACUUUUAAAAUCGAGAACUGAAAAAUUACGAAAUCUCCACUAAAUAAUUGAUCUCUAUCAAAGAUCUUGCGUUUGAUUAAGAGAAGCAUCAUUUCUCCAUCGUGAACGCAUUUUAAACAACAUUUGACAUGAAUUGAGUCAUUGAAUCAUUGUAACGUGACUUCGAAAAGCAUCACGGCGCGAUUACCUUCCAUGGUGAGCUUAGAAUGCGUAGAUUAAGAGGUACUCGUCGAUUUUCUAUGAACCGUUAGAUAUUUUAUACUCCAUCCCCAACCCACCUUUCCAGUCCCGUCGUCGAUCGUCUACGAGCGUCAAGAGCCGCGAAUAUCGUUAAUUGACAAUUCGGUCCACGCGUGAUGAACUAUUUUCUUCUGUCCUUAGAGAAUAAGAACGUAAAACGAGCCUGUACAUUUCGCUUCCGAACUUUGUAACAUAGUGGGUUGUGUGGGAAAGAGAGAGUGAGAGCGCGAGAUUUUUCCUGCGUUAAGACGAAAAAAAAAAAUAACGAUUACUUUAUUGCGUGGAACACAGGGGGUCACCUGUCUUCGUGAUUUGUACGAAAAUUUGUCGCUCCGGGACGAGCGAAUUUCUGAGUGACGCGUUUGGUCGGAUUGUAGACGUAAUAUCAUUAGCGUAACGUAAACGUAAGAUAACGAGUCGAUAGGGAUCGAGAUAUUUUACACGUAGCUGUAUACCCGUAUGGACGAGAUUCAAUAUUCGAGGUGGCGAGGUUGCACGGACGUUGAAAGUUGCCCCGCGCAUUUGCUCGCGUUGCUGCUGUUCUAGUCAAGCAAGUGAGACCACGAUUUUUUUUUUACAACCUUGAGCCUGAUCAUGUUUAUCAACCCUACACUGCAUCAUCGUGCUCGUUAUUCUUGUAGCAGGCAUUGAUUCAGGCUGGAAAAGCAAUCUGAACAAUUUGGAAAAUUGGUUUGACAUACGAACAUCCGGAUGAUCUCGCGAAUUUUUUUUUUUAACGUAACGUGUCAUCCUUUCUCGCACAUUUUGCGAAUAUUUGAGUAUAUCUUGAAGAAUAUUUAAAUUAUGAUCUUUGUGAUACGUUAAUGAUAUUUUAUUUCGUCACGAUCGUAUUUAAGGAUAAAUAUGAAACGAUUUUAUAUAUGUGUAUCAUUAUUAUUAUUUAUUUAUUAAUAAUAUGGUUUAUAAAUUAAUAAUAUCCAAUAAAAGUGGUGAAAAAAUAUUAUUAACAGUCAAGUAAAAAAAAAAUUUUCUAUUUUAUAUCCGCAUGCCGUGCAGGGUUAGCUAUUGAUGAUCUUAAAAGAUUUUUUCCGCUAUGACUAUAUUAAUUCUAAUCGAGAGACCAUAAUUUAUUCGAGUAUUUAUUUUAAUUUUAAUGCAAAAACUGGUGAUGGAGAAAAAACUCCCUUCUCGAGGAAACAAUUUUCGUCCUGCAGCCUGAAAAUAAUAGACUAACGACAUAGCUUUAAGAUGUUUGUAAGUUCUACAUUGGGGAGAGCAAUGAUCUCCAUCUUUAUUCCCGGUCGCAGUAGCAGCGAAGUCAAACGAUAAUCGCGUGAAAUGAGACUUGCUGAUAACGACGAUGUAUGUACAUAGUAUGUAUCAUAGCUCAAUGCAAAUGUAAGUUAUCCUCUCUUGAACUUAAUAAAUAACGACAAUAUACGAACGUCAAAAGAAAA